AUGGCUCGCCGUUCAGCGCGCUUGGCCAGCCUUACCAAGGCACCUCAACAAGUUUCCGAAACUCUUACUCUCUCUUCUGUUGCCGAACACGACGAGAACUCUGCACCAGCCGAAGAGCCGGCACACGAAGAGAAGCCGGUACGCAACGGGAAGCGAGCACGUACUAAGAAGACGGCACGCAGCAAAAAACUGGCACAUGACGAAACUCCGGCAGAUAUCGAGGAGUCGGCACACGAGGGGAAGCCGGCAAAUGGCGACAAGCCGGUAGACAUCAUUUCCGAGACCGUCCACAAUGUCUCCAACCCUAGUGCGUCGUCUCCAAUCCGAGGGCCUAAGACCCCACGCGGGUUGUCGCCCAUCAGGCCGUCCAUGUCAGAGAUGCACCCGGGCAGAGCCCACACUACCAUGGCUCCACCAUCAUCUGGCCUCCGGCUCGGAUUCACGGAUAUCAAACCAAAAAGUAAUGGCGGGAAUGGCUUGCCUGUGGCAGCCCAAACCACACCUACUCGCGUUACCAUUCCCUCAUCUCUGUUUACAUUUCGCGUCCCGGGCGAAAAGCCCAACUCCGAGUUGAGGCUGGGGCCUGAGGCUCAGCGCAUAAUGGAUGGGCUGCGCGAGAAGACUGCCAAAAUCAAGGAGAACCUGAGGGCACAGCGCGAAGCCGAGAAACAGGAUGAGGAAAACAGCGGCGAACGUAAGAUCGCGCAGGCGAAGGGAAAAGCCGGCCGGUACAGUGCCGCCCACAUGGCUGAGUUCAAGAAGAUGGAUUCGAUCGCGAACCACCCAUCAGUGUUUAGGGGCCAGCCGGGCCACACCACCCCCCUGAAGGCAGGUGUUAAGCGCAGUCAAUCCAAGGCGAAUCUGGAUGAGGUGGAAACACCAAAGUCGAAGGUCGAUAUUCCAGUUUCUGGCGCCACGAAAUCGACCCCGGCAGUGGUUGUCAACGAGCCGAGGACGACCGCCAAGCGCGCCCGGCAGAACGUGGAUGAAGACGCGUCAAGCAAGCGCCCCGUCUCUCGUGUCGAAAGCUCGAUUCCAGCACCCAAGUCGGCCGGGUUGGGUAUUCCUCGGUCAAAAUCAACCCUCGCCUCUCUGAUGACCCCGACCAAGUCUUCCUUGUCUAGGGCGACCAGCGUUAAGACACCCAGCCAUGGCUCGCUGAUUAGGUCACCAUCGAAAGCCAGCGGGAUCCCUCGAUCGGCAACAACAAAUAAUCUUCCCACUACCAGGGAGAUCAAGACCCCCCGGAGCCGAUUUGAUAAAGUCAAGGCGAUGCUCCGUGGGGCGAAAGCCAGUGCGACCAAGCCCAAGAGCACUCUUCCACUGCCUUCGGUUUCCAAGACUCCCGCUCCUGUCCGCUUGCCAAAGGAACUCCCUGUGGCCCCAAUGACUACGCCUGGCCGCAAGCUUACCAAGCGCGUUGCCUUUACGCCGGACACGCAGCGGGCAGCGCUGACACAGAACUCCCCGUCCCCCAUUAAAUCUAGCAUUCUUCAAGGCAAGAAAGAGCUCCGACAAGAGGUCCACUAUCCGUCUCUUGAAGGCGUGUUGGCCGAGAGCGCAGCGGACACCGUCACAUAUCCGGAUAUUUCGGCCCGGCGCCCCCUCCCUGAGCCUCCGGUGAGGGAUCUUAACGCCGUCUCCGCAGACCCGCCAGUUCCUGGCGAGUUCACCUUCCGGAGCGAUUACACGAUCAGCUUUGGCAGCGCCACGAAGUCGUUCGGGUCUUCCCCCGGCCAGGCCAGCGUCCGGGCGGUUCGCCCCUCGAUCCUACCGACGGAGAACAUGCCCGGAAGCUUCCCGACUUCGGCCUCGGCCUCGAGCAUCGACAAAGAGAACGAGGCGCCGCGAAGCGUCAUCAAGGCUCUGCCCCAUGGCAUGUCGACCAAGAAACGCCACCGUGUCAGCACCGACGAGGAAGAGGCCAGGCAGGAGGCGGCUGAGCGCGCAGCCAAGAAACAAAAACAGGAGAAAGUCCCCGAGGGCGAUGCGCUGCUCGCGCCACGCCUGAUCGCCGCUACCAGCGCCAAGCGCACGCUGAGCAGCCCCCGGAAGCUGGCCAUGCCGGGCCAGGCGCCCGGGACGCCGAGCCCGAUGAAGCGGAAGGGUAUCAGCCUCAGCCGCUUGAACAUGCUUGCGCGCCCGAAGGCGCGGAACUAG